CUAGAGGUUAUAGCUUAAUAAUGUGCCGCCUAUAAGAAGGUAAAGUGUUAAAGAUGAUGAGAGUGAUGGUGGAAGAUAAAAUGGGUCCCGCGGGAAAAUUGCCGUCAUUGCUUCAACUGUAACUGAAACAACGGCAACGAGUCCGUUACCACCGGUACUUGCAUCCGCCAUGUACGCCAACAUCGGUGAUAUAGGUAUUAUUCCACUGUUACAAAAUCUCUCCGAGCGAACAAUGGGGCAGUGAACUUAUAUAUAUUCUUAAUGCUUCUUCCAAGUUUAUGAUUCUCGAUAACUACCGUGCCACUCAUCUCCUACUUCCUUCUUCCUACCCACCAAGUUCAUAUUCAAAUACAGAACAACCCCUACACAGUAACCAUGGCGUCUUCUACGGUUCCCCAGAUCCUACUCACCGGGCCUACUGGAUUUAUCGGCGGUACGAUCUUGGACCACUUCAUCAACUCGAAGUCUCCGGUCCUUAGUGGCGCCAAUAUUUCCGUACUUCUGCGGGGCGAGGACCGUGCUGCUAAGCUCACAUCCACCUACGGCUCCCGCGUGAAGCCAAUCCUAUACAAAGACAUUGACGAUCUUGAUGGUACGAUCGCUGCAGCGGCGCAGCACGAUGUCGUCAUUAACACCACCCUUGGCUUCCACCCCGCCUCCAUCCAGGCGAUAGUCCGCGGCCUUGCCCAGCGCAAAGCGGCGACAGGGCGUGACGUGUGGUUGAUUCACACAUCCGGCACUUCGAACAUUUGCGACACUCCGAUCUCGAAGAAGUGGGUGGAGCCGGAGGGCCGCGAGUUCGACGAUGCUAAGGAUGAUAUUUACGGGUACGAGAAGGACCGCGAGGUGCGAGAGGGCCCGUACCACCAGCGUACCGCAGAGAUGGGCGCCGUAGAUCUGGCUUUAGAGCUGGGCGUAAAGUCGAUAGUCAUCAACAGCGGAACUAUCUACGGUCGCGGAACCGGUCUAUUCAAUAAGACAAGUAUUCAGGUUCCCGUAUUCGUCCGCGCCGUGCUGGACCUCAAGAAGGGCAUCGUGCUGGGAGAUGGCAAGGGCGUAUGGGACCACGUGCACGUUGAGGAUCUAGCGGAACUUUACCUACUCGUCCUAGAGCGCAUAAUAGCGAAGGGCGGCGAGGGCGUGCCUUUCGGAAAGAAGGGUAUCAUCUUCAGCGGCAAUGGCCGACACCAGUGGCUGGACGUGGCGCAGGGGGUAGCUGAUGCGGCCUUCGCGGAGGGACUGAUCCCGAGCAACAAGCUGGAGAGCCUUACGCUCAAAGAGGCAACUAAGUAUCUGAUGGAUGGCCAGGUUCCAGAAGAAAUGAUCGAGAAAGCCGUCGUGAGCAACUCGCGGACUGUGUCGUCUGUGGCUAGGAGCUUGGGCUGGAAGCCAACGAGGGGAGAGGAAGCGUGGAAGCGGGGGUUCGUUGAGGAGGUCAAGGCUGAGCUGGAAAAGCGCAAAUAGUGGCUGAUGAAAUUAAAAGGGACUUACUAUUCUAGCAGCUGGGUAUAUACAUCUAGAUUAGUAGUCUGGUCCUAGCGAUGCUGAUAGUUUAUCUUACUGAAACCGAGUUCUAUUUUCACUUCG